GACCGAGGCAGCGCUGUCCCAGACCGAGCCGCGGGAGCGAGGGUUCAGAGAUGGGCAGUGAGAAGGAGCAGAAUCCAGAACAGCACCUGCCUGAGGAAGGGCAACUGGGUAAGCCUUGGAGAGUGGAUGACUCAGAUGGGGAGAAAGAGGACAAGCAGGAGAGCCUGUCGGACAGGCUACAAGGCAGCGACCUAAAACCAUGGGGGAAAGUCACUCCAGCUGUAGAGUCAGGGGGCCUCAUUGCUCGUCCAAGGCCUCAGGUGGACGAGAAGCCCUUUAUAUGUGCCCAGUGUGGCAAAACAUUCAAUAAUACAUCCAAUCUGAGAACACACCAGCGGAUCCACACUGGUGAGAAGCCUUACAAGUGUUCCGAAUGUGGCAAGAGCUUCUCCAGAAGCUCCAACCGUAUCCGGCAUGAGCGGAUCCACCUGGAAGAGAAGCACUAUAAAUGUCCCAAAUGCCAGGAGAGCUUCCGGCGGCGCUCAGACCUCACCACGCAUCAGCAAGAUCACCUGGGCAAGCGGCCAUACCGCUGUGACAUCUGUGGCAAGAGCUUCAGUCAGAGUGCCACACUGGCUGUGCAUCACCGGACCCACCUUGAGCCUGCGCCCUACAUCUGCUGUGAGUGCGGGAAGAGCUUCAGCAACAGUUCCAGCUUUGGCGUGCACCACCGUACCCACACAGGCGAGAGGCCUUAUGAGUGCACGGAGUGUGGGCGGACCUUCAGCGAUAUCUCCAACUUUGGGGCACAUCAGAGGACCCACAGAGGGGAGAAGCCCUACAAGUGCACUCUGUGUGGGAAACACUUCUCCCGGAGCUCAAAUCUCAUCCGACACCAGAAAACUCACAUGGGAGAGCAGACUGGAAAAGAUUUCAGCUGAAGGAAAGAUGCAUUUAGAGAGAGAGAGAAUGAGAAACCCCAACCUAGCGCAGGAAGAUCUUUAGGAUCUGCCACUGUCGCCCUUGACCUCAAGCCCUACAUCCCACUUUGGAGAGUAGUUUCCUGUUGCCUCUGAAGCAAGAGUCUCUAGGAAGUCCUGAGAACGGACUGAGUAAAAAUCUUUGCCUCUUUCCAGGCCAGUUUCUUGCCUUAGAACGUCAGAGGAAGGACCCACUCUUGGCAUGACCUCCUUGGGAUGAAAAAGAAAUAGGGCAGGCUCAGAAUAUGCUCAUGUCAUUAAGGCAACAGCCCCUUGGCCUUUGAGGCAAUACCCCUGAUAUGGGCGUCACUGUCUAAAGGUCCUCCAAAUUAUAUGUGAACUGCUUGAGAUUAGGGCACACUACAGUGGCUGCUAGUUCCCACCUGCUCUACCCUCGACUUUGCUUCCAGGUCUCUGGGCUUGGAGGAAGGGCCUUCCCAUUGGAAGGGGCCUCCUUGACCUGGGGAAGACAUUAGAGGUCCUGCGUUAGGAAUUAAAGGGAAGACCUCAGGGAGCCAGGACCAGGGACUUUCAUGCUCCCCGGUGUUUACUUGUUCCUCCCUAUCCCAACCUGCGUCUGUUUCCUUUGAGAUUAGCAGUAAAACCCGUCAAUGAAAAGGACUCGUGUACUUAUUUGGGGCAUCAAAGAAGUUGGGAGCUGGGGAGAUUGUCCUACUGCAGCCACUCUGAGAGAAUCAGACUCCAAGAAAGACAGAAUGGGGUGGCUGCUCUGAAAAGCAAAGGAAAGCAGGCUGAGUCUCUGGGGCCUUUGAGAAGGAAGAGGGAAAGGAAAGGAACUAAUUGAGCACCCGCUAUGUGAUACAAAUCCUACCAUUUACAUUCAUGAUUUCAUUUAAUUUUUCCCAUCAACCCUCAAGGGAAUAAGACGAGGA